UGAUAUACAUUAUCAAUCAGAUUCAACUCUGAAGUUAGAAUUUUGGUGAGUUGGAAUAGAGGUUGUUGGGUUUGGGUUGAGUGAGAGUGACUCUAAUUCUUGUUUGUUGGUGAAGCAAGUCAAAAUCUUGAGUUCGAGGGUUUGAGGCUCUGAAAUUGUUUGAAAUGUCUCAGACUAAGAAAUUGACGCCGAAUCUGGAUCAGCAGACCACGAAGGUGCUCAAUCUCACUGUGCUUCAGAGAAUGGAUCCAUUCAUCGACGAGAUUCUCUUCACCGCCGCGCACGUUUCUUUCUACGACUUCAACAUCGAAAGCAACCAGUGGAGUCGCAAGGAUGUUGAAGGAUCUCUCUUUGUUGUCAAGAGGAAUUCACAACCUCGGUUUCAGUUUAUCGUAAUGAAUCGACGAAAUACAGAUAACCUAGUGGAAAAUCUAUUGGAUUUUGAGUAUGAACUUAAAAAGCCAUACUUAUUAUAUCGGAAUGCUGCCCAAGAAGUUAAUGGUAUAUGGUUUUACAAUCCAGAUGAAUGCGAAGAAGUUGCAAAUCUCUUCAAUAGGAUACUAAAUGCAUACCCAAAGGCACCUCUAAAUACUCUAAUGCCUUCUAGCAAAAGUGAGUUUGAGGAACUUGAGCCAGUGUCAAUCAUAACAGAAAGCCCUCUAGAACCAUCUCCAGCUGCUGCUUCUGCAACUGAUGCUCUUGAAGAUCCUGUUUUUACAAACUUCUUCAGCACAUCUAAGGUUACCGGAAAUUAUACUUCUAAUAUAGAAAAUUUUAGACAGCCCUACCAUUCUGCAACUGUCACUUCUACUGCUCCCAGUGGUUUAUUGUCUCCUGCACCUGCUGUGCAAAUAUCAUCUGCCUCUCGUUCCGCUGCAUCUAUAUCAGGCUUCCCCCUUGAUUCUCUUGAAACAAUCAACAGUAGCAAUCAAGUCGCUAAUCUUAUUAAGCCUUCUACUUUUUUUGCACCCACCUCUUCAUCUUCACUAUUAAUUCCGCCUAUUUCUUCAUCUGCGCCACCUAGUGCAGCUGUUCGUCAUUCCCUGAAUCUGCCACGCCAAUAUGGCACUCCAGUGCUUCAACCCUUCCCACCACCCAAUCCUCCUCCUUCUCUAACCCCUAUUUCUAGCUCCACUCCAAAUAAACCUGUUAUAAGCAGGGAUAAAGUUCGUGAUGCACUUUUAUCACUGGUUCAGGAUGAUCAAUUCAUUGAUAUGAUGUUCCAAACAUUACUGAAGCUGAGUCAGUCAUGAGUAAUUCGAACUUUGAAGAUUGGGUGAAAACUGCAUAUAAAUUUAGUUCUGAAUAUAGUAGUUGCACUCUUAGACAUCUAACACGAGCAUCACAGCUCUUGGAGUAACUCAGUAUAGACAUCCAUCCGUCUUGGGCUUUGGCCACAACUUUGCAUAAUCUGUCUGUGAAAGCCAAUUUCACAAUAUACUAUCAAACUAUAUAUUGUGUUAAUACACUACAUAUUCUUCACCGUUGAAUUUAUGUAUGUAUACGUGGACAGUUAUCAAAGAAAGCAAUGAUAGAAAUGUAAAAAAAAAAUUAGUUUACUAAAUUUAUGUAAUCAUAACUGUCCUUGUGUACACACAGAAACAUGGUGAAAAUAUUGUGUAUUUUUACUUUGUAAUUCUGUAGUGUAUUGUAGAAAUAGCCAUGUGUAACAGUUGAAUGAUGCCCGGUAAGUGCUUUGAUGUCAGUUUCACCUUACACUCUGCUUUUUGUGUUCUGUGUACAAACGCGGAGGUUCUGACGAUUGUUUUUGCAUCAAAUCCUCAUUAUGAUCAGGAUGUAUGAAAC